AGAUUACUUGAAUGAUGUCACAAAGGGUGAUGUGCUUAUGACCUUCGUGAAGGAGCAACUGAAAGAUGCCACCACAUGUCUUAAGCAAAUUAAAGCCCGCAUCCCAGAGCUGAUCGAGGCCGAUAAACUGCUAUGUAAACAACUUCUGAAAGAAAAACGUCCAGCAAAAGAGAUAAAAGAAAUCUAUCAACCAAUGAUAGAUACAGCUUCUGAGAUCAGCGGUCGUCUGGCCGUUUUUGGGUUAGAAGAGGGCCUUUCAGGUGGUAUCAGUGGCGACACGUUAGACCUAAAAGGCCAGUCUGAGUUUCUGGGUCGGGGUGCUUUUGCCUCUGUGUACAAAGGAAUGAUGAAAACGGAGAACGGAGACAAACAAACUGUGGCAUUGAAGAUUUACACCGAGUCGCUUAGAGCAGAAAAUGCUUGCGACAUUGUGAAUGAAAUUGAGCUUUUAAAAAAACUAAAGCAUCCAAACGUGGUCAAUUUUCAUGGUAUGUCGCUUCUUAAGGAUGAUGGUGAAACCCGCGUAGUACUAGUCAUGGAAUACUGCACCGGAAAUUUGAAGGAUCGCAUCUUCAAAAAUCCAGAAAGAGCUCCCGCCAAUUCCAAGAAUGGUGAUGCCAAAAGAGACGCCUGUCGAUGGAUAAAACAGAUAAUUGCUGCCCUGACCUUUAUUCACGAGCAAAACGUAGUUCACAGAGAUCUCAAGUUGGACAAUAUACUGUUGUCAUCGGAAAAUGCAGCGAAGAUUACCGACGUUGGCGUUUCCAAGGCUGCGGAACAUAUCACAGGAACUUUGGCAGGAACACCUGUUUAUAUGGCGCCAGAAGUGUUUCAUUCUCAACUGCAUGACAGCAAAGCAGACAUGUACAGCCUUGGGAUAAUUUUGUGGGAGAUGUGGUAUGGACUGCAGGCCUUCAGUGAAGUCCGUAACUCAACCGAUCUUGUAGCUUUCUUUGCCAUGGUGGACAAGGGCCUGCGCCCAGUACAUGUGAAAGGCUGUAAACAGCCCCCACGCCGCUGGGAAGAGUUGAUGCAGAGUUGCUGGAGCAAAAAAUCAGAGCAACGCCCAUCAGCCUCACAUUGCCUAAAGGAAGCUAUUGAACUUUAUAAAGAGGCCGUGCCGGAACUCCUGUAAAUUUUGGUACAUCUCAAUAUAUUACCUCAGCAAUCAUUUUUGCGAGACAUUGACUGAGUGAAGACGCUAAUUGUUACUCAAAGAAUUAUGAAGAGGUUCUUAAUAAUACACUGUUAGUUUCUGCCAACGAGUUUUUUCUCGGCUUUGCAAUCAAAAUUCUUCGUAAAUAUCAGAUUUAUGUAUAUAUUCAGAGGCUUAGGCUUAAAAGAACACGUCAUUGGAUCAUCAUCCAUUUUAAUCACGAGACGUGGUAACGAAAGAUAAUUCUUCUUCUUGAUAGCUUUUAGUUGAUAAAUUAAAAAGACCGUUGCGACUUUUUUGUAGGAUACCAGCCGAUACUAAUAUUCACACGAAUAUUUGCAGAUUUUCACUUAGUCAUUAGAAUUUCCACUGCGUAGCCUUAACAAAGGAAAAGAAAUUGUAUAAUGACGUCGAGGUUAUUUUUUGCUGAUCUCGAAUUAAGGGAAGCUUUUGUUUAUUCUUAGUGGCGUUUUGUUUGGUUGUUUUUUUCAGAUUUUAUAACGCGUUUCCGAGAUCAGACGAGUGGGCCAUUCUUUUUUUAUACGCAAGGAUCCGCGUUGCAUACGUGAUGUAAGGGCCUAUAUACAUCACAUUGCACAUUGCAACUAAACACAAUAUAACUUACAUCAUGUUAUCGAGAUAGUAGUACAGUAUUUGAGUGUCAUUAAAGUGAAAAAGAAGUUG